AUUCACAGCCAAAGCAGGGGAAGGGUAAGAAUAAAAAUAAGGGAAUUCAAAUCAGUCAGAUAGAAUUAAUGAGGUUCCUUAAAUUCCAUGGACAUGAAGAGGACAGUGGAGAAGAUAGAGCAGAGCAUGAAGAGGUUGAAACUGGAGAUGGAAGAGAUUAGUGAGGAGCAGAAAAGCAUAGGGGAAGGGCAGAGACAAGUUUAGGAAAAAUUCGAGGCCAUGGAAGAAGAAUGCAAGCAGUUCCGGAAGGAGACGAAGUUCAUACCCUUGAAAAGUUAAAGCACCCAACUCCGCCUCUUUCUCAUGCGCCAAAUUCUCAAAGCCAGGGAGAACAACGAUCUUGCCAAGAGCUACCGAGUUGACUUAAUUUCUCCGAAUGAGGAGUUCUCAUUUUCCCCACUGUUAAAGGCUGCUUCAGAUGUUUUCAAAUCAAACGACGGGUAUAUACAUUUAAGUUCUUUUCUAUUUCCUUUUUCCGAUGCGUCUGAUUUUACGGUUUAACAGGUUGGAAUAUGAAACCCCUGACUUUGAAAUCUUAACUCUAAUCAUUGGGACAUUUUGACCUUAUAUUUGAAUUGUUUUGAUGAUGACUGGAUAACCAAAGGGAAGUUCCUUUUUUGGCAAAAAAAGGGGCAAAUUGUAAAUUUUAAUGUUUUGCAGCUGCAGGGAAAGAGGGUCAUGGAGAAGAUAGAGCAGAGCAUGAAGAGGUUGAAGAAGGAGAUGGAAGAAAUAAGUGAGGAGCAAAAAAGUAUAAGGGAAGGUCAGGGACAAGUUAGGCAAAAGUUUGAGGCGAUGGAAGAAGAAUGCAAGCAGCUUCGGGAGGAGGCGAAGCUCAUAACCAUGCAGAGUUGAAGCACCCAACUCCGCCUCUUUCUCAUGUUCCAAAUUCUCAAAGCCAGGGAUAACAAUGAUCUUGCCAUAGCUUCGGAGACGUUGACUCAAUUCGCGGAUCGCCAUGCAGCAAAUGUUCACACAGCUGACAACCUGUUCUUCGUGGGAAGUUAUUCAAAGAAAUUAUUUUGGCAGCUGAAUCAUCAGUUUUCAGUGUUCAUCGUCAUUCCUGUUGUCAUGCUGCAGAGAAGGAUCUUUCCACUUAUCAAAGUCCCAGUUACAUAAACUCGGGAUCAAAGUGUCUGAUACAGGUACGUACGUGAUUAACAAAUUAGAUUGAUAUAGAAACAUUCCCAGUAUAGGUGGUUCAAAUUUUUUACAAGUUUUCCCUACAAUUUUGAAAGGAUUAAAGAGUUACAUAUGUCCGUACGGAUUUAAAUUGUAAAGAUUGGUUUAAAACUCUUCACAACUAAGCAGUGGCGGAGCCAGAAAAUAUUUUUAAGAGGCCAAAUAGAAUUUUAACUAAAAAAUAAUGAAUUUGUGUGUCAAUU